AAGUAUGGCAACAAUCCACAGGUACAAUAAAAUUUCUGAUCAUAUGACUUUCGUUCUCUCUCUCUAGUAAGGAGUUGGUCUGAAAUUUUUAAAGUACAUCGUUUAUUAAAAAGAAAUUCAAAAUGUCUCUCAGCGACGAUGAUGUGCAAAAACAAAUCAAUCACAUGAUGGCCUUCAUAGAGCAGGAGGCCAAUGAAAAAGUAGAAGAAAUUGAUGCAAAGGCUGAAGAAGAGUUUAACAUUGAAAAAGGUCGACUGGUGCAAGAACAAAGGUUGAAAAUUAUGGAAUACUUUGAUAAAAAGGAGAAACAAGUUGAACUUCAAAGAAAGAUUCAGAGCUCAAAUAUGUUGAAUCAAGCAAGACUGAAAGUUUUGAAAGCAAGAGAAGAUCACAUCAAGGGUGUUCUUGAUGAAGCAAAGAAAAAGUUGCAUACUAAAACGAAAGAUACUGCACAUUACCAAGAUGUUCUGAAAAAUCUAAUUCUCCAGGCUGUCUUUCAAUUGCUUGAAAAUGAAGUUUCUGUUCGGUGCAGAAAACAAGAUCUAAAUCUGGUAGAAAAUAUAUUAGGCACUGUAGCAAAAGAAUACCAAGAUAAAGUUGGGAAACCAAUUAAGAUCAAUGUGGAGAAGGACAAUUAUCUGUCACCUGAUUGUGCUGGGGGCAUUGAACUGACAGCUCAGAAGGGAAAAAUCAAAAUCAACAAUACUUUAGAAAGUAGAUUGGAAAUGAUAAGUCAGCAGUUGCUACCUGAAAUUCGAGAAACCUUAUUUGGACCAAAUCCCAACCGAAAGUUCAAAGAUUAAAAAUUAUAAAGAUUGUGGUGGUUUUUUUUGUUAUUCAAGAAAAAAAUCUCUCAUUGCAAAAAACACAUUCCGUCUUAUUUGGGUAGUGUAGAUUUCCACAAAAAAAAAAACUGGUGUAAUGAGUAGAAUUGUAUACUGAUAUAAGAAGUUGAAUUUGUUUUAUAAUUUAUUAUAAUCAAGUGUCAUUUAUGUAAUCUGUUUUUCAUUUUAUAAUGAAGUAAAGACUGUAAAUGUUAUAUUGUUAAACCAUUUUGUUAAGAUGUUCAUCCUUCAUUCUUAUACAAAACUAGUCCAUGUAAUUUAGAUGCUGUGUAUUUAUGAACUUGAUUUAGUAGAGAAAUGGUGCAAGUUUGUUAACUUUAUGGAUCAUGUGUAACUGUUUUGCAGUAUGCAAAAUUAAAUUAAAUUAGAAAAUGAAGAAAUGUUGAAAUGAUUGUUAUAUAUGUCUUGAAGUUAAGUUAUAGGUGUAUUUAUUGAAGAAAUAAAUAAUAUUUGGUUUAAUUUACA